GCUCCAAGGCUGCUCUCUCUCUCUCUGUCUCUCCUUAUCGGCCCUUCAUUGCCGUCUAUUCUCCUUGUCGAGCUCGUCAUGGAUCCCAAGGAGGCCGGCAGGGCUGAGAAGGAAAAGGUGAUAAAGCGGAGGAACCGGCCUGUGUUCCUGCGCUACCUGGAGAGGAGGAAGACCGACAGCAUUGUGGCUGAUGACAUUUCUAAAGCUGACAUCAACCUGGGGACGCUGGUGAGGCGAAGUCAGUCUGACAAGACGGAGUACAGCGCCAAACUUAAAGAGAAAAUGUCACCACAUGACUUAUCCACCCCUGCCUCCCCAGCUCUGGACCCAGAAGAGGUCCGUUUGAGAAAGAUGAAGCGCAGGUCAAAGGUCAUUCAAGAGCUGAUACAGACUGAAAAAGACUACCUCACUGACAUGGAGUUGUGUAUCCGGGAGGUGGUGCAGCCUUUAAGAAACAUGCAGGUUGUAGAUGUGGAUCGUCUGUUUACAAACAUGGAAACAGUGUGCGAGGUAUCAGCCGCACUCUUCCACAGACUCCAGGACGCCAUGUCUGACCCGGAUCCUGAGGCCGUUGUUAUAGGAGAAGUAUUCAUCCAGGCCAAGGCAGCUUUAGAAGACGUGUAUAAGAUUUACUGCUACCAUCACGACGACGCCAACAUGUCACUUAAAUCCUACGAGAAAGAGGAAGAAAUAAAGCAACACUUCACCACAUGUGUAUUAUCACUGAAAAAAAUCUACGACAUGGAAGGGAAGCCCAACCUUCUGGACAUGGGUUCGUUGCUCAUAAAGCCAGUUCAGAGGAUCAUGAAGUACCCGCUUCUGCUUGGUGAGCUGUGGCAGGCCACACCUGAAGACCACCCUGACUUCCGGCCACUGCAGGAGGCCUUUACUGCUGCCAAGAUCAUCAACGUCAACAUCAAUGAGUUCAAGAGGCGCAAGGACAUAGUAAUGAAGUAUAAAAAUUCGGAGGAUGAAGGAACUCUGCGCAAACUUCACAAGUUCAACAUCCACUCCAUCAGGAAGAAAGGUGACAGGUUCGCUGGUUAUCUCAAGAUCCUCACUGGAGUCGAACCACAGGUGAGAGAUGAAGUAUUUGAUAGAGAGGAGAAGCUCUUCAGAAGUCUGGAGAAAGGUGUAAGGCAGCUGGUUAAAAAUGUCCAAAGUUACCUGCAGUACAUUCAGGAGAUGGUGUCUGUAGCUGUGCACGAUGUCCACGAAAUGGAAACCAUCAUCCGGGAUUCAAACGGAUCGUCGUCGUACAACAAAAACGACGAACCCUAUGAGCACUAUAAAGACAACAUGGAGCGUCUGGUCCUCGCCCCUCUCUCAUCUCUUCAUGGGAUGUUCACCGCCCCCCAGAAGCUCAUCCAGAAACGUUAUGACAAACUACUGGAUUACUGCAGCUGCCUGGAGCGCUCGUCUUCUUUUUCAUCCUCGCAAUCGACCUCCACUUCAUCCCCGUGCCUGGCGUCCGUAGACCCGCCCGGUCCCGCCAGGAGGGACUACGAGGCUCUCAACGCUUUGCUAGUGGAGGAGUUACAGCGGUUCAACAUGGCGGCCUACACCAUCCUCAACAACUGCGUGGUGUAUUUAGUGGCCUUGCUUAUAGGCCUGAUGGAUGAAAUGCUGCUGGGUGCUCCCUCCAUGCAGCAGUUACCCGCUCCGUUGUCUAACAUCACUGAGGUGCAGAACAGCAUCAUGGAUGAGCUGAACAAUCUGACUUUUGUCAAGGAGAACGCACACAAGUUAAUGGAGCGGAAAGUCAGCUUCGAAAGGCAACGAGACAAGAAAAUAGCGACGCUAGAAGUAGAGCAUCAGACAGAAGAACAACGUGCCCGACUUCUGGCUGAAUAUCCUCCGAGUCAUCUGUACCAGCUGAAGAGGAAGUGUAAUGGCUGCCAGGAGCAGGACCUCAGCCUGCUGGAGGGGGAGCUGGUGGCCCUGCUGGAGGACACGGACCCCUUGGGUAGCAGCAGCCGCUGGCUGGUUCACACUGGAGGUGCACAGGGCUACGUCUACUCCACAUUCCUGAAGCAGUACAAGCCUCUGCGGGACUCGCAGCGAGGAGGCCAAGCGGCUAGACAGCAGCAAGAGCAGCAGCAACAGCCGCUCACCAUGGCCGACGAGGACUUUGAUGACCUGAGCCUUUUUGUGUCGGGCAGUGGGAGCAGCAGCCUGCGGAGCUUCAGUCUCAAUGCCACCGACAGCAGCUCCACCCUUUCGGGCCUUCAGGGGGACCUGGAGAGCACUGAAGACCUGGAGGCCUCCUUUGACACUGACGCUCAACAGUACUAUGCUGUAUAUGCAUUCCAAGCCCGCUGCGAACAGGAGCUGACCUUGCAGGAGUACCAGCAUGUGCGCAUUGUGCAGUUCUGCGAUCUGGGAGGUAACAAGGAGUGGUGGCUAGCGGAGGCCGACGGGCAGAGGGGAUACGUCCCGGCUAACUACCUUGGCAAGAUGUCCUAUGCUUGAAAAACAAAACAACAAAAACAGUCUGGUUGCUUAAAAUCUAUAAUUUUCACUGAAUGUUUCAACUGAAUGUCAACUAUUUCAGCUUUGUUAAAACAAACUGUAGAUCUUGUCAUAUUGACAACAUGACCUCGAUGAAGAACAUGUGAUGUUUCAAUGUUUAAAAUACAAGCUGCUGUGCUGAGCACUUUCAGACUGCAAGUACCACAGUGUUGAGUCUAGAAGUCAGAUUUUAUAUAUGAACAGCUUUUGAUGAAGCAUGUGAAAUGAUUUAUGAAAUUUUAAUGUGAAAUCAAAUACUCUGCGUCAUUGUUUAUAUUUUAUUAUGUGAUGAUUAAAGACAUACUCUGUGAA